AUGCCCAACCUUCCAAUCACCUCAGACUGCAGCCUCAAGACGGAGCAAGAUGCAGCACUUUGCGCAAGUAGUAGUGUCAGUAACGAGGCAAACGAGGCAAACGAGGCAAAGUCCACCCCGAGUGAUCGAGAUGGCUCCGUUCGAGUCCACUCGGGAUCUGGUUUCCGCUUUGUAGUUCCCUUUCCUUGGAGACUUCAUCAGAUUCUGGACGAUAUGGAUGCAGCAGGAGACACUUCGAUAAUAUCUUGGGUACCCGAUGGUCGCCAUUUCCACGUGCACAAUCCCACCCUCUUUGUGCAAGAAAUCAUCCCCAAGUUCUUCAAGCAAAAGUCCUUCAAGUCGUUUCAACGUCAAUUGCACAUUUAUGGCUUUCAGCGAGCAGCGGACUUUCCCAAUCAAGGUGCCUAUUAUCACGACAAGUUUGUUCGAGGGAAUCGCAAGCUAGCGCUGGAAAUUACCCGCAUCAAGGCUCCACCAAGGCGAAGGAUGACCGCCAAGGCCGCUGCCGCUGCUUUGGAAGAAAAGAAGUUGCACGCAGUAGCUGCUGGAAUUGCCAAGGAAAUGUCCAUGCCCUUUGCUCGGCGAGAGAUACAACUACCCGCACCAAGACCACUCUCCAGUGACACUACGGAAUGGUUGAUUAGUGCUGGAGUUCCAUUUGCCGCACUUGAUCCUUAUCCAUUCCACCGAGGAAAGGAUUUGUCUCCGGACGCUUCUAUACUCGAAUGCGCUUCUGAGAUUGCCUCUAUUUUCAACAACUAA